GCUGGUGUGAGUAGGUAGUUACCGAUGUGAUUUUUCCGUUGACGAAAAAUUAUUUCUACACGAUACUCAUUGCAGUUUCAUUUUCAUGUGCCCACCGCCUUUUGUGCAUUACUUCUCGAAGGAGGACUCGCAGCAGCUUUUCUUCCGCUCAGGUCAGUCUAAUGCCCUGGGGAGAAGUCAGUUGGGGCAGAACUGCACGUAGUUGCAAUUUUUUUUUUUUUGAGCAGAGCCUGUUUAUCCAUCGCAAAUAUGACUGGGCCCACCUCUGGAAGGAUGAAAUAAGAUGACUUUUCAUGCGUGUUUGCUGGCGCAGCCACUGCCACCCGAUGCUGAGUCGAAUAUUCACGAAGACCUGUCAUGAUGAUUCACAUUCAGGAAGUACGAUAUGAUACGCGUGCGCCGCCGGUCGUAACUAUUUUUUGGUGCCAUGCAAAAUCAACACGCUGUCGUGCGCAGCUAUACGCAAGUAGACGUCGCGGCUACGCAACAAAAUUGUUACGCGUGGCUCCGUAUUACAUCAGCAGUUUGUGCUUUCUCUCACACCACACAUUUAAAUUAUUUUUGCAGCACGACUUAACUUUCGUGGUCCAGACCCGGAAAUAUUUGUGAUGGACAAGACAGCACCGCGAGGCGCCUGCUGUAGUAACAAACGGAUAAUUUUAUUCAACGCAGAACCAGAAGUGGUCUGUACACCACCUCCGCAAGAAGCAGAAGGUGUAUCUAGGCGAACAAGAACCUUCUUUCGAGAGUGGCCCGCAGGGUUCACAACUUCUGCACCAUCAAAAAAUUGCAACUCCGACCACGGCAAAGUAUAAAAUUUCUCGUCCAAAAACACGGGUCCGUCGUCCUGGUGGCAACUACUACGUACAACGACCACAAGUAGUGUCCUCUACGAGAGAGCGCAACAAUAACAGGAAACGCCUCUUCUUCGGGUAGUUGUAGCAAGCACAGAUGAAGCAGGAGAAGAUGAUGACACCAGUAUGGAUUAUGGAAAGACGCAAGAACAUCAAAACACGGGAGCGCUGUUGGAGCUGCUGUGGCUACUCACCGUCGUCGUCGGUGUGCAGGAGCAGAAGUUCGGAUCGUGCACGAACACUACAACAUAUUAUCCUGAGAAAAAACUGUCUCACAGUCUCAACUUGUUUAUGCGCAAGUUCCUUGAGACAGUUCUUGGUCAGGCACGAAAUGCAGGAACAAAGUCGUCUUUCAUAUGUGUUGUUUUCCCGUGCGUCUGACGCAUCUCAUCACAGGUUUUCGGUGUCAUGCUGACCAGAUUCGUAUUACUCCGUCUGCAAAGACAAAGUUUGAGACUGAGGCAGUUUUUAUUUCUUGCGAUACAACAAUUUCAAUUAUUCUGCUUCAAAAUCUUUCCGUCAAGGUCAACAACAACAUCCUCUACUUCUUCGACAAACGCAGCCGCAUCAAACGUAGUAGUACUCUUUCUCGUUGCGCUGGCGUUUUGCUUUCCGAGUGCCGCAACUGCGCUUGCAAAGGCACGGGUCGCUGCCAGAAGCACUGCCAUCGCAGUGCGUGAUGAUCAUAGCUGCAACCAUUAUUUUCAUAGCAGCCACCAGCAUAUCAAAUGCAAACAUCGAUCUGGGUCUGGAAAAUAAAAAAUGCGAUGUUAUUUGAAAUGCUUGGCUCAGACACAGGAGUAGAGAAAAACCUCUCAUGCCUUCUGCGAUUACAGUCCCUCUUUUAUCUUUGUCAUGCAAUAGCGGCUUCUCUUUUGCUGAUGAGACGCGGGAUCUUGCGGAGGAAAUCGCAUCUCAAAAAGUUGUUGAGCGUGGCUCGUCCAGAGGCAAGGCCUAGGCCGCUGAGCAAUUAUUACACAAUAUCACCCCGAUCUUCGAGACCCAGAUCGAUUGAUAUUUGCAAUGCAUACAGCAACAGCAUGAUCUUCACGGACCGCACCGAUCCGCCAGGACCGCCGCUGUAUGCAAGAAAUACUGAACUGUUUACAUGUAGAUGUAAGUCUGUAUAUGCAAAGUAUGCGCCACAGCAUAGCGUAUUGCACUUGUCAACGUGCUGUCCAGCCAUAAACUACAUGUCCUUUUUUCAUACGUCGUGUCUUCACCUACUAGCUGUGCGUGGCAGGAUUUCUCUGUCAUGAGGAACAAAUGUGUCACGCUGUCACGACCCUAAGACACCUCAUAAGUACACUGGCACGGUUUUUUUCUUGGAUACGGUGGCGCUCGGGAUACGCGUCCACACCGAAGAUCCCAUGAAUGGUCGUACCGAUAUGGAGCUCUCAAGUGUUUAAUCCUCAACUGUUACAUGAAUUUGCCAUGCAAAACCAAAAUUACCAUCAGGCAGAAUCGACACGAUGAAGAAACUACUUCUCAUGACGAAUUCUCGAAGGGCCAAACAGCAUGGAGAUCUGUGCCACGUCUGUAAUGCAAGACGCGCACGGCCAAAGGAAAGAAAGUCCCGCCUCUCAUUUUCGCGAAGAUUCUUACAUGACAAAUUCAUGUAACAGUUGAGAGUGUAAAAACGCUUGAGAAUCCCAUAGCCGAGACGGAGCCCCCGAUCCGUUCCCGCGGUCGGUUUCGCCGUACCGCUUCGAUGUCUUGAGUCAGCAUGUCAUGCACGGGCGGCAAGAAGAGGAACUACAUGCUGCAGAUGAUAUUAUCGGCGCGGCGAACCACGCCCUACUGGACGAUCAUCUGCACUGCGACAAGUGUUCGACGAACAGCCAGGAAGAUGCAGUCGUUGACGAGCAACGAUUCUCAGUACGACCUUUUCGGCGGAGCGGAGCAGUAAUCGGAAUGAACGCUAAUACGUCGGGGGGCUCCUUGGCAAUGCAGGAGGUCGGGGGACUCACUACUGGUGGUGCCACUGGGACCAGUUCCAGUACUACUAGUAGUAGUUCUGGUAUCUUUUAUACUUUUUUUUUUUGCCAUGCUGAGCAAAGCUCAAUAUCACGACAGCGACAACUAGAUGGAUAGAGCACUCGAAUUUUUUGUUUUUUGAUAGAAGAGCCUAGUCUGCGAAAUGAUCCCCAAAAAGGAAAAAGCGAUGACGUGCUAAAUCGUAAAUUGGAUGGUCCCCAACGCCGAAAGCUCAACGAAAAAGUUCCUCACUGAUGUUUCUCGCGACUGGCCAAACGACUUAGAUUUACACACUUCGAUUCUCUUCUACUUAAGUUUUUUCCGUUGCUAUAGAUUCCCUGCCUUUACGUCGAGCACUUGAUGAACAAAAUCAAAAAACUCAUAAUGUAGUAGAUGUCAAACGAUAAGACCUUCAUGCAAAAGAAAAUAAAGUAAGGCUCUGCUAUUGUUUUUGCACAAGAAAAAACCUGCUCCCUGCACUUAGCAUCAAGUCAAAACACCUCAAAAAAUCAAAAACCAUGGGCCAACCAAACCGCGGACGCAGCGCCGGAGAAGGCAAGGGGAACAAGGGCAAGAAAAACAAGAAGGGAGGCGGCAAAGGCAAGUCCGGGAAGAAUAACGAAGCCCCGAAAGCCGCCCCCACGGCAACAAAAACCUUCACCCAGAUGCAGUUCGACUUGGCACAACAAAAAGCAAGCAACAUCAUCUGCAUCAAGGGCGUUGAAGCGGAGCCGUUCGCCGAUUGGAAGGCGCGCAAACUGGAGGAGGAGAAAGGCUACAAAGUCAUCGGCGACUGCCCUGACGACGAGCGGAGCAGCGACGAUGACGCUGCUGCUGCUGCGGCAGAAAGGAGCCAAGACUCCGUCCUCGGGAGUAUUAACAUCAAUAUGAAGACUUCCAGCAGGGCCCCGCGAUCCCCACGAACCCACACCGUGAAAGCAAUCCCGGUAGAUGCCGACCCCGCGGCUACUUCGGUCAGCCCGAAGUACUUCAAGAACCCGAUCACCGGCCUGACACCGGCGGAGCGGGUGAAGACGUGGAGGCCGGAGCUGCUCAAGAAAAUCGCGAAAGCAGCAGGCAACGCCUCCGUGGAAGACGGGGAAACGGUGCAGAGACUGGAGGAGCGAGACGACGGGAAAAUGGCCUUGGUCAAGUGCCCCGGCCUGCGCCACUUACACCGACACGCAGGCGGGCGAAAGCGUCUCUCUUGCCAGCGAGAUGCAGACGGCUUUCUCGCGGAUGCAGCACAGCUUCAUCCGGCACGUGCGGGUGCAAAAGAAUGGCUGGGUCGAGAUAAACUCUAAGAGUAAUGAAGAACUUAUGCAGCUCAACAGCAUCGCCCAGUCGGAAAUGAGGAACGUCACGCGCGUGCUCCUCACCGAUUUGCAGGCGAAGGAGUACAUCGCGCGGAAUGUGAAAGAGUUCGAAAAGUUCCAGAAGAAGUUGGAACGCAGCAACAACAAACUGGACGACGACCACAACGCUAAGGACGACGAGCAAGGCGAUGGCGGUGGAAAAAGCGACGAGGAGGGGGACGAGAUGUCGGACAAAACGCCCAUUGAGGAGUCUCAGCCGCCUAUGGCGACCGGGACCGGAAAUAGCAACACCCUCGACGGCGCAGGUGCGGGUGCUCCUUCCACAUCUUCCUCCUCAACCAACGCAGGCGGAGGCGCAAACCAGCCGCAGGUGCCGCCGCAACAGCAGCAGCAGCAGCAGCUGGUCGUAGACGUGCGCGGAAAAAGCAAGAAGAAUGGAAGCGGAGUGGUGAAGAAAUUCAAGAAGAAAAUCACGAACACAAAAAGCCAGGGCAGAAACAAAGACAAGACCACCACCAACGACAAGGGCGCCGCUGGGGGCGCGCAAGAAAAGGCUGAACGCAGGCGGCGCGUGGUGGCGGGCUUGUUCGACAAGCUGCGGCAGAACAAGAGCAGGGCGGGCGCCUCGUCGUUGUCGGCGAGGAGGGCCUAGCUCUUCCUCUUCUUCUCGAGAUGAAAAAUAAAAGUUGAGGACGAGUAGCGGAGCAAGGAGGUGGAGGCGCGAGUAGGCCACGGGGACCAGCAGUAAUGCCAUGCAUUAGAACUACCAGCAAGAGCAAUCGAGUACGAACUGAACAACAUCUAGCAUGACCUGCAAACCAACUACAAACUACAACUACAAACAGCGACUAAUAAUAUCAUCUUCUGCAUACGCCGAAAACAAGAAGCAAGGUAGUACGUGUACGAUUUUGCCGACGCUGGGGAGCGCCAGGACCCAGGAUCCAGCACCGCCAGAGCGCCGGAGGCGACGAAACCAGAACUGCGCACAGAAAUAGUUAAUUUGCACCCCCCCAAGGACACAAGAAUCUCUGCUGUAGUUAUUAUCUCUACAUCCGGCCCCGCCCGGAAACCAGUCCUGUGCCAGGACUUACAUUGCCCGACCCACAGUAAAGAAGAGUAGCUACGGGAUAAGUUUCCCCGGCUCCUAGUGGGAUCGGCAGAGCAGCUUACGUGAAGAGCCUACUUAAGAUUUCGGUCUGAAGCUAGUGCGUUGCUGGAGACUUGCCCGCCAAGCAGUGUCUGUAUUUGAAGGCAGAAUUGUUUUGCUAUCGAUAAGAAAUUUGGAAGUGUGAAGAGGAGAGCAUCUCGCGAAAACGCCCGGAGUUCCCUUGUUCCGGUAGAAAUAAGCACUACAGAAGAGCAGCACUAGCAGCCAGAUGAGAGUGAGCGCCAGACCGAAAGAAGAAAUAAUUGAGAAUAAAAACAACCUGUUGGCGAUGCAGACCAGCAAGUAGUAUGCGAGGAGCACACCUCGAGAAAAAAGCGCCCGCACUUCCAGACUCGUGCUCACAGCCUGGAAAGCGAAGAAGAAAAAGCCAGCGGGCGGGGUCGGAAGCCGCUACGUCAAGAACUAACAGCUGCGGAGCAGUAGCGCGAAGACAUUUUUGCAGAAGCGGAGUAGCAGCUUUGGCUCAAGCCCGCCAACAUGGGGGUGGGCCAUGAGGCGUCCUCGUCACACGACGCAGUCACGCCAGCAGCUCCCCCGCCAGGGGUGGUCCCUGGUGGAGGCAGCAGCGCAAGGUGCGCCGGCACACGCGGGACACCAAGCGCCGGUAGGGGCGCUCCCUCCCGAGACUGGAGGAGCAAGGUGACAGGGCGAAGACUCAAAGUAGGCACCUUCAACGUCAGAACACUAGGACAGCGGGACGAGUUCCGGGACCGCUGGCCCCACGAAGUAGCAAUGCUGAUGGAAGACGUAGGAAGAAACGACCUGGAUAUAGUCCUGCUCCAGGAGACACGUAUUCGCACGGGGAUGGUCGGCGAGACGUGGCCUGGAGGGUACAAGGCGUAUGGUGGGGGCGCAACAAGCAGCACAGCGGGCCCCGCAGUAGGGGGGACAGUAAUCCUGGUGCGCCCGGGGAUCAAGAUAGAAGGCACAACAGGGACGCAGCACAGCAGACUGAUGCGGGUAAGCAUCAAAGCAACGCACGGCAAGGCCGUGCAUUUCUACAGCGUCUACGCCCCCACCAACGUCAGCAGCCCAGAAAAGAGAGGCGAGUGCUAUAACAUGCCGCGAACAGAGAUGCAGCAGCACAGCAAGCGCGACAUAGUAGUGGUCGGGGGGGACCACAGUUGCGAACUAGGAAGCGCGGAGACGGAGCUAAUUAGCUCCGGGCUCCCGUUUGUCGUCGGCCCAUGCGGGCUAACUAGCGGACUCGCACUCGAGUCCGACAACAGAACUAGGCUGCACGGGCUCGCAGCAGCGCAGCAGCUAGUAGACAUUUCCAGCCUGCACAAGAAACAGUGGCGGCACCGCUACACUUUUGAGGGGAACUGGACCAGCGAAGGCAGAAAGCGGCGGGAAUGCGACCGCUUUCUGGUGACACACCGCGACCGCGGUCUCUUUCAGGGAUACAAAGCAGUUCGCAACACGUUAACAACAAGCGACCACAGCAUGGUCGUGAUGGAGAUGAAGCUCGGCGCAGUAAAGAAACCGAAAGCGGCAAAAAUACCGCCGAAAGUUGUAAGAAGUAAACACCAGGCCGAGCUAGCAAGCGAAAAGCUGGGAAAAAUUUACAAUCCGGCCGUGCUUGCGGACAUAGAAGAGGGCGGCACCAGCGCGGCGGACCGACUGGUGGGAGAAAAUCGAGCGCGACGGCGACUCUGGAAGAGCUUCGCAAAAACCUUCCCCCUGAGGGCCCCAGAAAACCAUGGAUAAGUGAAGAGACAUGGCGCAAAAUAGAGGAACGGAGGGCGAAGAAACUCAAGGGCUAAAGGGUGACCCACAUCACCCGGGAAAUUAAUAGGCUGAUGCGGCAAGACAAAAACACGUGGGUAGCGCAGAAAAUCGAAACACUAAAAAAGGCCGACGACACAAGCAGCGCCAAAGUGGUCUACGAGACGGCUAGGCAGUUGGCGGGGCGCGGGAAGAAGCGGCCGCAGGACCUCCCGGGAACAGAAGACAAGUCGUGGACGGAUUUCUGGGGGGGCAUAUUCGGAACAGACCGGCCAGAAGCGCCGGAGCCGAUGCAGCAGACCAAAACUUGGAAAAGAUGCGAAGAAGAGCUGCAGAAAGAAGGGCCGGAAAGCGUUUGGUGUGAGGGGGUCGCCGCGAUCCCUUCGCACGAAGAAGUAGACGCCGCGCUCAGAGAGCUGAAGCGGGGCAAGGCCUUUGCGGGGCCGAUACCGGCGGAAUUUGCGCGAGAUUGUCCGACCGUUCGGGCGAUCAUGAUCGCACUAGUGCGCCGGAUCUUCAAGGGGGACGGAAUUCCUCCAGAGUGGGGCAAGGCGGUGGUCGCCAUGCUCCACAAAGGCGGCGCCAUGGUCGAUCCAAAAAACUGGAGGCCGAUCGCGCUGAUGUCGUUAGGCGAAAAAUUGGCGGGGCUAGUAAUACUGAGACGAAUAGAAGAAGACGCCAAUAGCAAUAAAGCGAUGGACAAGCGGCAAAAAGGAUGCAGGGCGGGGCUGUCGUGCAGGCAUGCAGUUUUUGAACUGCUCCGGGACCUGGAACGGAACAACAGGCAGGGAAAAAAGGCGCUCUACGCGUUCGUAGACUUUCAGAAAGCGUUUGACUCAUUGUCCUGGUCGGUAAUGUUUCAAAUUCUGAAAAAACAAGGGAUGCCUGAGAACCUCUGCAGAGUAGUGCGGGAAAUGUACGAAGAAAAAGCAGAAGUAAUCAUUCGCCUCGGCGACGACAAGCACGCGAAGCCCUUUAAGCAAAAGAGCGGGAUACGGCAGGGGAGCGGGUUGAGCCCCCUCCUGUUUGCGCUCUGUGUGGACUGGGCAAUGAAGCAAUUCGCGGCAACAAUGGCGGAAGAACUAAAGUGGACCACCGAGCAGGCGCACGCCUGGGCGCUGGCGUGGCUCGGCUACGUCGAUGAUCUGGCGCUCAAAGACACGAGCGUGGAGGCGAUGGACUUCGCGCUCAUGGAGUUGGCGAGCGCGUGCCGGUUCAUCGGCCUAGACCUCAACGCGAAGAAGACAAAAAUAAUGAUGGUGAACCAAGACGCACAAAUCAAGAAAAACCCGGGCGCAAAAAUGGAGCGGUGCAUAUGCGAAAAAGAAGAAGGAUGGAUGAUAGAAUGGAGCGGCGUAGACUGGAGCGAGGAAUGGCGGCGGGAGGUCCAGCGCCUCUCGCUGCAAGGCCUCGGCGACCUGGCGCCCACGCGCGCAGUGGUGUGGGAUGACCCCGCGCAGGGACUCACAGUCAUAGCCGAGAAGCCCAGCGGGUGGGCAACGACACACACUGGCGAAAGCAUACGACUUACAAAACUGGGCCGGGUUCAGCACGUUCUAGACGAAGAGAGCGAGUUUGUUUGCGAAAAGUGUGGGGACGUGCUGCCAGACGCAACAGCACUGCACUUCCACUCAACGAGUGGCUUCUGUCGCCCGAGCAAAACAAUCGCAGAACUCAGAACGCUCCGCCUGAGCAGAAUCGCAGAACAAAAGAACAAACGGCAGGCAAGGCCUGCGGCGGCAAGCGACUGCAAGCAGGUGCGGCACAUGGGCAAACCGGUCGAGUCGGUCGGGGCUUUCAAAUACCUCGGCACCGAAAUCAGUAGCAGGGGCGACACAGACGCAGAAACCGCCCGCAGAUGCGGGAUGGCCAGUGGGGUGGUGAAACAACUCGGCCCGAUAUGGAGGGAUGGCUCUGUGCCUCUCCACUUGAAGGCUGAGUUGUAUCGUGCGCUCACUCUCAGUAUAGCUUUGUACAACUCGGAGGUGUGGCGCAUUUCGAAAGCGGCACACACAGCGCUCCGAUCAUUCCAAGAUAAUUCCCUCCGCUCAGUCCUUGGGGGGUACUACAGAAACGUUGAGAAGUCCCGAGUAGAACUUUGUUGCGAAUGAGGAGUGCAGCCCAUAGAAGACGAAACUCGGGCCAAGCGCGUCGCUUGGAUCGCGCAUGCCUGCAGGGGGGACACGGAGGGAAGAAGGCUCGGCGCGCCGGGUUGAGUACGAACUACAGCAAAAAACCCCUUGGGGCAAGCAGGCACAGGAAGAUCUCGACUUUUACGGGAUCCCGUUCCAAGUUCUGAAAGACGCCAAGCCCUCGGGCAUAGCAGUUCGACAAACACUGGAGAAAAACAGAGCGGCCCAGACCCUGCAGAAGAAGCGACGAGGGGCGCCGGCAGGGCGACCCAAGACAGCAAAAAGGACCGCAAUGGAGGAACAACGACGCGAACGACUGGAGCAGCAGCGUGCGGAGAAAGAAGAGCAAGAGCGGAAUUUAUUGCAGCAAAUUUCCGGUAAGGUGUGGGAGAGGCGGCCCAGGUCCGCCUACAACUACACGGCGCGAAGCGACGACGGCAGCGCACUAAAUUUUCGAGUAAGCAGUUUCUACUUCUGCGAGAACUCCGGCAUGGAGGAGGCGACGGUCUGUGGCACAGUGUUCCAGCAAGACCGACAGAGCAAAAUCUGGGCCGCCGCUGACCCCAUGGCCUAAGGGCGAAGGGGAAAAAGAGGAGGAAAUCGAGGAGCGAUCCUCACGCAAAUAGAUAGCAAAACGCUGCACAUCUAAACGAGCUCCAUGAAAAAACGAACGCGAAUAUUCUUAGACUAAGCAGAAGCUCAGUCAGUCAGUUUUUUUUCUAAUUCCACCUUCGUCACUACCUUUGGCACGCGAUUUUGUUUUGCGUUAAACUCGAAAACUUCUUUACCAAGAUAAGACUUUUUUCGAGCUGGAAUGGUCCGCUUGUUGCUUACUCAGUCAUUAGAUUGGAAGAAGCAUAGUUCUUUCUGAUAGACCGAUAGAUCACUCCACUGAUUUCCAUUCGUAUUGGCAAAAUAUGCUACAUGUAAACGACUAAAAAGCUGCGCGACUGCGUGGUCUGGUAACCAAAGCGUGCGCAAGCGCUCUUUGCGAGAUGCUCAUCCAUCGCAAACGCAGCGCGAAGGCUUUGCCGUUACCAUAUGGGAGGAACUCGGGGGUAUGCAACCACUGGCAAAGUCGGGCAUUGUCAAGUGUGUUUUGCCUUCAGAAAGCGGAUCGGGCAGAAUUUGUGGGAAUUUUCCCGAAAGCAACCAAAACAGCAAUUACCAAACCAAGUGGGAAAAGGGUAAAAAAUAGCAGUUUUGCAGCUCCGCCCGGUCUGAAUCUGAAAAAAGAUUGUGGCAUUUUCGGCAAGGGCCGGUGGUGUGAUGCGUUUUAUAGCGGAAAAUGCGUCACCUCCGGGCAGCUCCAGCCGCUUGAAAAUUGAAAAAAAGAGCUGAAAAAAUGCAAUUUUUCGCAGCCUACAAGCGGCCGACAAAAUUUACCGAUUUUCUGCAGUCCCCGGAAGCCGCUUGGAAAUUGAAAAUGGCGCUUUUUUGUGAAAAAGCAGGGGCCGCUUAGAAAUUGCCGCUCAAAAGUGGUUUUUGAAAUUGUCACACGGCCCAUACCGCCGUGAUUGAAAGAAAAAAAGCAGCCAUCAAGCCUGCGGAGGUGUGUUCACCCCCCACGCUUUUCGACCUCUCUGAGGGUAGCAAACUGAAGCCUCCGCCCGCUUGGAAAUGCCCGAUUUGGGUGGCCCAAAAGGGCUGUCAUAUGACCCACAUAUCUUCCUGGCCAGGUGGCCAGUUUGUCAUGCAGGGGGCCAGAAAGGAUGCCCCGCUGCGAAAGUGGAUGGGGGGUCUUCCUGGCCAGGUGGCCAGUUUGUCAUGCAGGGGGCUAGAAAGUAUGCCCCGCUGCGAAAUAGCAGACCGGAUUUCGCCUUCAAUGCUUAUCGCAGGAGCCUGCGGGCCGCCGCGGGCGACAGUAGUUGUCCGCGGCCCUUUAGGGCCGCGGGGAAGUGGUGGAGCCCGCGGCGGCCCGCAGGCUCCUGCGAUAAGCUUUGAACGCGAAUCCGGGAGCCCCCGAUGACCCGCAUAUCUUCCUGGCCAGGUGGCCAGUUUGUCAUGCAGGGGGCCAGAAAGGAUGCCCCGCUGCGAAAGUGGAUGGGGGGGUCCGGGGGGGGCUUGGCCCCCCCGGCCACAUAUCUUCCUGGCCAGGUGGCCAGUUUGUCAUGCAGGGGGCUAGAAAGAAUGCCCCGCUGCGAAAUAGCAGACCGGAUUUCGCCUUCAAUGCUUAUCGCAGGAGCCUGCGGGCCGCCGCGGGCGACAGUAGUUGUCCGCGGCCCUUUAGGGCCGCGGACGAUGUUAGAAAAAGGUUGGCGGGUCUUCGCGCUGGAUAGAUUUUCGCGCACGCAUUUGGUUACCAAUAUCGCCCUCCGGGCGCGACCUUAAUAUAAGCACUAUUCGCAGGGGGCUCUGGCUCGUCUAUUGUCUCGACCGAGGACCAGGAGCUGCGCCACCAGUAUGCCCUGCGUGCUCACCUAGAACAAAUUCAACUGGACGACCCAUGUACGUAGGGCCUAAACUUUGUUUUGCAUGUCGAAAGGUAAACAAGCCAAAGUCUACUAAGUACCCGGCGCUGGCGUGUGCAGGACACAUUCGGCCACAGGAGGUGGUCUCCUGUGAUGCAACAAAUAAGGAGACGACUAUUAUUUUUUAUUCGCAUGUUUGAUGCUUCAGAUACUUUAUUCGAAUUCCAAUGGUUCUAGUUUGAAAGUGUUCCGACGUUUGAGCAGGCCAUAAUCAGUUCCAACACAAGGUCCAGGAACAGGCCUCAUCUUUCCGGCGCGAAGAUGCCCUGGUCUUUCCACUCAGCUUCCGUCGUGCGGCCACCGAACAGCGCCCCGGAGGUGGAACUGAGUUGCAUCAACUAGCGACAGCUAAGCGGGAACAACCGGGUAUGAAACGCGGCAUCUAUGAUCUAUCGUACGAAAAAACUGGUUCACUCUACUGUUGACGAUUUUGCAUCUUUUGCGUGACAGGUUUUCUGCUUUGCAUGACAGCGGACGAGCAGGAUGGGAAAAAACAAAUCUACCACGCGUGCUCGCACGUACAACCAACAUACAGCGAACAAGCAGCAGGAUGGGAAAAACAAAUCUACCACGCGUGCUCGCCCGUACAACCUGUUGAACAUAGUGCCCUUUGCUUUCUUACACACAUUUCUCUCGGGCAAGAGGACCCGAAUAUCACGACAAGAAACAGUUUUUUGUUGCGAUUCUGUCUUGUUCGCGAGCCGCACACGUACUACGACCGUGCCACCUCGGCGGGCUCCUCCUCGGAUAUCUCGACGGCAUCCACCGCCAGUAACGUCGCAACAUCAGCACACGGAGCUGUCAUAUCAAAGUGAAAUAAAGUUCCCAACUUGACGAAUAAAGCUUUAUUUGUUACUGUAAAAGUUCCUAAUGGGAACAUUUACAUUUGCAACUCGUGUGAAGCAGCAUCACAACAGAUAAUUUUCAACGAGGAAAAAUGAUAGCGAAAAUCUGUUUCGCGCGCUAGCUCCGCAGAGGCCAUGCUAGAGCUUUGCAACUUCGAUGUAGGUGAGGAGCGAAGAGGUGGCGCUUUUCACUUUGAUAUGUGAAGAGGUUGGCCCAUCACUCCCGCUUACCACGCGGUUUUUCGUCGCUUUGUACGAUGGGUGGACUCGAUGUACACGAGCGACCAGACGAACUACCAAGAUGAAAAGUGCCCCCAUCACCACAUUCAAACAUCAGAGAUUUGUGUGAGUAGCAUGAUUUUUCAAAGCGAGGAAGUAGAAUCUCAGCUAAGCCAGUUUCUGGAGGGGAUGACUAGCUGCUUGGCAUGACAGAAGUUUUCUCUGUUGCUUGACCAACCAUAGAAACCGCAUACUACAUCGAUCAUGCCACGUAGCUGCGCCCUCGCUUUAUUCUCUUUGUUUUUGCAUUUACAGAUGGAUUUCUUUUUCUUAUAUUCGCAGAUCAACAACACAAAUUUCCCUUUUGAAAUGCGUACGCAGCAAGGAAGAGUCAUGCGAGCCUGUGAGUUUGGCUCGGGCUUGGUGCGUGAGCCAUUUGAUUAUGACAAAGAAAGUAGAUGUAUACGGGCAGCGGGCACGCGAGCGAGCAGAUGCGUUUCUGUUUUGUUUGCGUGCAUGGGCUUAGCGACCCCACCCCCGCAGCUACCGAGCCGCAUGGCUCCUGACCGCAUGGUCACUUCAUGGCCAGCAUUGGCCUCCAAUAACUUCUGCGUCAUGCACACACCGCGUCAUGCGAUUUUAGCGUCAUGCAAGCAUGCGCGUCAUGCGCCUAAAAUUUUGCCCUCCGUCGCUUAGGGCGCUUCUGCUGUAGGUCCACUUUCCGGUGGCAUCGCCACGUUGGCGCUGUGUCGGCUUGCCCUCCCCCAUCCCGAUGUUCAUCCGCCCGUAGCGCGGGGCUCUCAUCGGGUCGCGGCUCUGCCACGUUGGCUCGGGGCUGGCACUAUGUUUGCCUUCGGGAGCGCAGCCGACAUAAGCCACCGGGCUCUUCCUUGGAGUUUGCAUAAUUAAAAUUUAAAAUGCGUACGCAGCAAGGAAGAGUCAUGCGAGCCUGUGAGUUUGGCUCGGGCUUGGUGCGUGAGCCAUUUGAUUAUGACAAAGAAAAUAGAUGUAUACGGGCAGCAGGCACGCGAGCGAGCAGAUGUGUUUCUGUUUUGCCCACCCGCCCACCCGCUGUCUGCUACGUCGGUCAACUUGUUUGACAACUGAGUGAUAUCGCAUGCGCAUGCUGCAAUUCCUCGGUCUUAUUUUAAUUGCUAUCUCAUAACAUACUGAUCCUGCGUAUCCCCAUAUACAUUCUGCCCAUACGAAAUACAGCCUGCGCAGGUCCUUAGUGCUGAAAAAAACCCCGUAAAGCCCCACAAUGUCGCCCCCUCUGGACGACGCACAGCUAGAAGAGUUCGGGGGGCUUCUGGAUAAGCUCGCCGACAAGCGAGCUAGUACUAAGCAAGAGCUUGAACAAAAGCUGGAAGAAUACAACGACAAAAUUGUCGACUCGUUCACUGCCCCAGAUAAGGACGAGCGCAAGGCAGUGAGCAACCUGCUCAAAAGUCACGAGAUCGAACAGCUGUCGACUAUUUUCUUAACGAAAGAAAAACGGGGGACCUUUUUGCAGGCGUUACUCGGUGAGGACGUUAUCGUAGCUACGCAGUACAACAAGGCCUACUCCAAGGUCGAUCGCUUAUCUCCCCGGGCGGCUGCUUAUAUACUCUCCAAGGUCUGGCCUCUGGCUGCAGAGUGCAAAAAGCGGGAGCCGAAAGCCCCCGCCUUGAAGUACAAGGACCGCCGUCGGAACUGGUUUGAGGUCGAUUUUUUCACGCACUUCGACCGUGUGGCGUUGUUUCAGCCCACUGCGCAGCUCGCGGAAGAUCUCAAGCAGCAAAUCGGCGCAGCUGCGUCAUCGUCUUCCUCGUCUAACAAACGGGUUGGUGACCACUCGGCUGGAGGUGGCCCCCCGCAGAAGAAAGUCGCCAUCCAGGACCAGUAUUGCUUUGACCUUUGGCGGGGUGCUUGCAACAACCCGUCCUGCUUGCGCAAGCAUACUAUUCCUACGGAAAAGGACUUUCGUGACCAGGCAAAACAGUUCUCGAUCAAUUUGAGCGGUGUCACUUUCGCGAGUGCUGUAGCAAAUAUUAAACAGCACAAAAAGUGGGCCCCGCCCGGCACUAUUGGCACUAUUCCGCUCCCCAACAAGUAAACGACUACCAUGCGGCGAAGAGACUUAUAUCUUCAAGAGAAUUCUCUUGCACCUGCGUCAGGCGCCGGCAGCAGUAGUACUGCUAAUGCCCCUGCACGUGAGCGAUCUCCGCAUCGGAAUUCUGAAGCUGUGGAUGAUGAAUUUUUUACAAACUUGCCCAGUUCUAGUGUGCAGACAAAGACCCGCUCUUCUAAGCAACAAAGCAUGGCGAUUAUGGUCGCCAGUAGCCCAAAUCUGCUAAGAGCCGCCUUGACUUAUGCAAAUGAAUUGCAACAAGUCAAGCCGUCCACUGUAUCUACAUCGACCUCCCGAAUUAAGAAAUGCGAAGAAAUAACUUCUGCUGCAAAUGUGAAGCCUUUCCCACUUGACUACAAAAAACGCAUGAUUUUCGUUAGUGUUGCGAUUCAGUGUCGGUGCAAAACUUUAGACGAUGACAUCAGCACAGUUCUGACUUUUGCCAAAAAGUCCAACCAGAUCGAACUGCACGAAGUCGAAGAGCAAGAAUUACGCGCGGGCCUAUCGCGUUUAAGACAAAAAACGACACUUAUGACACACACGCAAAAAAUACCUACUCAACUUAGCCAAGUCGUCGCAGUGCAGGAUGUCACUGCGAGAGCUAUUUUUUUGCUUGCCUUCGUCUUCGCGCUUCGGCGAGGAGAGUUGGCGCAAAUAAAUAAAUCCACUCUAGUCACCUAUACUGACACACAUAUCACGGCGGAUUUUCGUCCUGCGUGCCAGCAGGGGCUUGCCAAGUCGACAAAUAUUCAAGGCGUCUCAGUGCGUUGCACCUGCAAAGACGCUAGAGAGACGCGCUUGCAUUCCUAUCGCCAAUUUCUCGAAAAAAUUAACACCGAAAUCGAAAUUGAUUUUCCGCACCUAUUUCGGCACCAUUAUCCUGAUUCUGAGACAAAUUGCCACUCGCUGCGCAUUGGUGCGACGUUGCACAUGCGCUACAAUAAUGUCCCGCCAGAUGUCAUAUGCUUACAGUGUCGCUGGUCGAGUCCUUUUAUGUUUUUGCUCUACUCCCGCCUCUCGGGCCUUCAUCCCGUUGUAGGUAAGUAUUCGGGUGUCAACUUUGUUGACCUACAGCACUAGAUAACUUUGCCGCUGAUAUGACGAAAUCUUAAUGGAUUCUUUGUGCAGAUCUUGUGCAGUGAACUCCAAAAAACAACAAGAGCCUACCGACCAAUCGGAAAGAGUGCAGCGUCGAUGUUCCGCUAUGUUUUCGUGUUUGCAUUCUUCUCCUGAAAAGAUCGGAUUGUCUGCCCACCUCCCACCCCCAUUUACCUCCCUCGGGGCUGGCACUACGUUUGCCUUCGGGAGCGCAGCCGACAUAAGCCACCGGGCUCUUCCUUGGAGUUUGCAUAAUUAAAUAUGGGGUGGGGAGACUUUUCCUCACAAUACGAACAAGGCAGCCCACGGGGUGACACCACGACAGCAGCGAAUGAUCAUGGUGGCGGAACUACUACCAACGGCAGGAGCGGUGGCGCGAUGAAAAGCGUAUGGAGUUCUCAAACGUUACAUUGAUAGCCGUUAGUACAUGGGUUUGUGAGGCAAGAACAGCACAAGUAAAAGUUAAGAGACAAGUUUACGCCGCGCCUUGCGUCACAAAUUUGGAACAGAUUUCCACCCUGUUUAGAACUGAGAUAUUUUGGCAUGCGAAGUAGUGAUUGAUCGGGUGGCCGUGGCUGCUGAGAACAUUACUUUUGCAUCACAAAUCUUCAUGUAACGCCAGCUAUCAAUGUAACUUGUGAGAAGUCCAUAAAGCGGUGCGAAUGAUCACGAAUUUUCUUCCGACGUUCUUGACUCCUCCACCAUCAAGACCGCUGCCCACAAGCACUUCUAUAACCCGAACGAAGACGUCGAUCUUGUACGCACACACGAAAUGGAACAGCGCGCGGUAGGUCUGUUGAAGCGAAUCAAAAGAACGGCAGUUCUACACACAAAGUCGCCGACGGUAUCCUACGGCGGUUCCACGUCAUCUGGAUCUGGUUCCUCCUCAUAUGCUGGUCGUGCACAGAGCAUAAUUCCGCCGGGCGGAGGACCCGGAGCCGCGGCAGCGCCGUUCUUUGCAGGAGCGAGGGAGAUGAGUUGUACUAUGGUUGCACCAGCUGGGCGGGCAGCGGCGACUAGGCCGCUGCAUCACGCUGGCGGACGAGGCGGGCCAGCGGCCGGUGCGAAUAAAAAAAGUGUCCACUUUGCCCCUGAAGGAGCUGCCCACGAUGCCGUAGUUGCAGAGGGUCCUCUAGAAGUAUCUGUUCAGCCGGAACGUCGAGUCGCCCCCUCCAGCGGCUUUCCUGUUGCCGUCGACUACCCGCCCCCGCACCUGUCCACCAAGUAUGAGGGCUGCAAGAAGCUGGAGUGGGUGAAUAUCCAUCUUGCUCAGGUGCGUACAGUUUCAACCGUUUUUACUUCUAUGCUAAUUUACGAUUCGUUUUCGUACAUUGACUCGAGUUUCAAAUAUGUGGAUUUGCGAGCCAGAUGAAGCUUGCAUCCUGUACCUAACUUGCGUUGUUCUCCAUUCUGUCUUUAUUCGGUUGGUCCACCCGGACCCGCAUAAUGAACGGGUAGUACUCAGUGGCGUUUAUUUCAAUGUACUAAGUAGACUUGAAAUCGUAACACCUGAGUAGUGUUGUUGCAUAGUGAAGCUGUUUAUGGCGCAGGAUGAGGAUCAGCACAAGGGAAAGACCGUUUGCGUCCUGGACGCAGAAAGCCUGGACAUUCUGGCAGCGACCGAGUUUUGGCUGCUCUGCCUCGGGUUGGAGGACCACGCGCGCCAGGGAAAAGUCAUCGACCACAAAAUCACUGACGUGCUAGCGCCAAGGGGCAUCGCACGGACCAAAAACCUGGGACUGGACAUGUUCAUGAAGGCUCCGCAGGAUACAUGGUAAAAAUGAAUCGUUUUCUAAGUACGUAUUUUCAUUGGCUCUUACUAAAAUUUUUUUUUUCACUUCGUAUAGCUUUUUACUUUUUUCCUUCGCUCACCACAGCUGAAUCUGUAGUCGUGCUCCUGCUACAGAACAACUAAAGAUUAUCCAACUCCAAUUGUAGGUCAACUUCCCGCCUUGCGCCACCACGUAGAACAAGGCGUCCGAGCUGCUCGAUUUUCGCUCCAAAGAAGAUCGAGGAAGGCAGAGAGACCGAAAUGGAGCACAGAGGUCGUGGCACACGACCAGUGGAGCUGCUGCGAAAAAUGAAAGAACGCGAUCAGGGACGAGAGACGACGCAAGGAGCACCACGAGACAGAGGUGGCAGGAGACAACCGCACGAAAAGAUGCUGAGCGGCAGCGGAAGAACACACAGCAAGGGCACCAUGAUGACGGGCGAGCGCGAGACGAUCAAGAUCAAGAAUUUUUACCAUGUUGAGGAUGGUCUUGAAGGUGACAAGAAGCGCGACGAGUCCGAGGAGGAGGACGAGGACUCUCCUACAUCCACUUCUCCCGAGCUGGAAAUGAACGACAAGGCGGAUGAUCCGUAUGCAACAUGAUACAACUUCUUGUUCCCCUGCCCCCAGCAGCACCCCCCAAUUUGUCAUGCACACAGUUCAACAAUAAGGUGGCAGUGGCUAUGGCAUCAACAUCUUGAAUUAUUAUUCCACUGCAAUUUGAGGUUUGGUGGACUGUGAUUCGCUGUGAGUUUUUGACUUCGAGCUUCUAGUCAGUACAUUCAUAGGUGUGCCUGUUUCGGGCUCCUGAGGCAUCAUGAUCUUUGUGCUGGAUAAUCCGUUUUCGGACCACAGAAACCACCUGGUCAACUUUACCGACCAGUUCAACCCCCGGACUAACCAGUUUUACAGCGUGCAAAACCGCAUCUCCCGUUUGAUCCGAAGAAAAGACGAUCACCAGACCGUCUGCUACUUGCUACACCCCGUCAGCUUCCAAAAGCAAUUCGGACACAUAUGCAUUGUAAAUAGGUCCUCUGGUGAAACCAGGGUGCAAUGCUUGUUCUCCUGGAUAACUUGGAUUUGGGUCGCGUUGUCCUGAAGUCUUUCAUGCGUGUUGCAGAACAGCGAAAGCGAUGCACUGCUUCUAUAAAUAAAGGUAUGCAGAAAUAUAAGCGCGAUUUCAUUUGUCAUUUACAUUUCCGUAUGUUUUUUUUCAUGCGCGGCUACGUAGGUAGUACUUCAGUCCGGUUGUCAUUCAGACAGUAGCCUUACACGACCCUUCCAGGUGAAGAUCCAGAUGACAUAUGUACAAUGUAUAGCACGGCGAUUUCGACGACUGCGACGAUUUGAUGCUGUCCUCUGGGGAAGUAUCCACAAAAAAAAACCCAUCCCCAUUCAAUUUGUCAUGGAAAACAUACAUAGAGAUAGAAUCCUGUGUCUGUCAUGCAAAAAAUGGAUGGGGAUGGGUUUUUUUCUGUGGAUAGGAAGAAGCGGAGCUUAUCAGAGAGAAAAACAAAAACUCACCUUUUUCAGUCAUUGAAGAUCCGCAACAAGGAAUAGAAAUCAAUGUAAGUAGACUUCUUCUACAAAUCUUAAACAAGUCCGCUAGAGAAAUAGUCAAGUCGAAGUUCCUUGCUGCAAGAAAACGAAGGAGAUUUGUGUAGUAGGCAAACCACGCACCACAAAAGUAUGAGGAGGGAGGGUGUUUCUUCAUGAUAGAGCUCCAGGCCGAUAUGGAACGCAGCGCCAGAGACCAUGACGCGAAAUUGCAACACCAAAUGUUGCGCGGAGCGGGAGCGGCUGCAGAAAGCGGAGACGAAGUCAACAAUGGCAGCUCCACGACCCAGACGCGCCUGUUUUAACCAGUCGGCUACAGUUACGUCGGCACUACGAGAGAAGCGCGUAGAAGUGGUUCCAAAACCGCGCCGACGGGACGUCGAACCCAAGGCCCGGACCUUGUUUAUCGACGUCGUUUCCAUCGUGGGUACGCACGGCACCUAAGUGUGAUGACAUUUUUGAUGUCUUUACACUAUCUAUCAACACAGGGGGAGAUGAUAAGAACUACUAUAGCACUUUUAUAUAUUAAAUUCGCAAUGGACCUGCGCAGAUCUCGUGUAAAGGUUUUUUUGUAGAGGUUUUCCUGCUUUGCAAUUUCUUGUUCAAGUGCUGCAGACUUUAUUUGCAGCUCCUGCACCCACUGCUAAAACAACAAAUCGAAAAGUAUUGCAGUCUUUUUUCUGCCACAAAUCAAUCAAGUUUUAUGAAGUUUUUCAAAAAAUUGCAAAAGAGAGUUGCAUCCCCUUGCGGAGCGCACCUAUCUGAGUUGGCAGUUGACGGAAGUAUCUACGUAAGUACUUGUACUCUAGUGUGAUGUUGUUGAGAAUACAAAACCAAGCUUCAAUUACUGCUGAAAAAUAAAGGUCUACUCUAUGGGGGGCCUGUCACAGCUCCCACGCGAACGCGUUAGUGCUUCGGAAAUCGCCGCUCCACCACAAGCGCCGAAAUCCACCGUGCGAGAAAGUUACAAAGUGUCUUUGUACCUGUCAGGUUUUGCGUAACGAAUUUCUUUUUUUAGUUUUUCCACGUGCUGCUAGUUAAGAACGUGCCUGCUUUCCGAAUAAACAUCAAGCACAAGCGGUACUGAACAAGUAUUGCUUUCGAUAAACAAACGCAAAUCAUUAUCUUUCGCUAAAUAAGCCUUGUAGAGGCGUCCACACAGAGCGGGAAGAUAAUCACGACAGCACGAUGCAUUUCGGUUUAGAUAUAUUUGUAGUAGUUCUACGGUGCUCAUUUUGCUGGGCAUUUCUGCUUCAUUGGGGUCUCUCAAUUUUUUCUACUGUUUCACCUGAAAUUCAUCUACCAUUGCACCCACGCAUCGUUUCGUUUGUGGGCGGCUCCUCCGGCAAGGACUAGGACCUAUUUCUACUUUGCUGUAGUAUACGAAAAUUUGUUAAAAAUGGCACUCGGAACGCCGUAUAUGAUUUCGUUUCAAUCAGAACUUCUUCAACUUCUAGGAGAUUUUUUUUUCAUUUUUCUGUUCUAGGGUUGUAGGUUGGUGGAACUCACACUAGUAGACAGUUGUGCCACCACGAAGUCGAAGCGAAUCCAGCACACCGGUACUGAUGCGACACCGAAAAACGCCACCUUGAUAAAACGAUAGAGAUAGUCAUCAACGUUGAUAUUGCAAUGCUUGUGAGGAAAAUAAAAAUGUGUUUUCAGACCGUACUUUCUACUUUAUGUUUAUUUUUGAUGUGCAAGAAAAAAAAUUAAAAUGUCAAGUCGAUCCGCAUGGAAUCCGACUGAAAGCGAG